AGUAUGGCCGCUUCUGAGGCGGCGGUUAUGUCUUCGUCGUCUUUGAAAACAGACACAUUCCCUGUCCUUGAAACUGCAGGAACGGUCGCAGCAAUGGCUGCGACCCCGCCAGCAAGGGCUGCAGCCGCGGUGGUUGCGGCCGCGGCCAGGACCGGAUCCGAAGCCAGGGUCUCCAAGGCCGCUUUGGCUACCAAGCUGCUGUCCCUGAGCGGCGUGUUCGCCGUGCACAAGCCCAAAGGGCCCACUUCAGCCGAGCUGCUGAAUCGGUUGAAGGAGAAGCUGCUGGCAGAAGCUGGAAUGCCUUCUCCAGAAUGGACCAAGAGGAAAAAGCAGACUUUGAAAAUUGGGCAUGGAGGGACUCUAGACAGCGCAGCCCGAGGAGUUCUGGUUGUUGGAAUUGGAAGUGGAACAAAAAUGUUGACCAGUAUGUUGUCAGGGUCCAAGAGAUAUAUUGCCAUUGGAGAACUGGGGAAAGCUACUGAUACACUAGAUUCUACGGGGAAGGUAACAGAAGAAAAGCCUUACGAUAAAAUAACACAAGAAGAUAUUGAAGGCAUUCUACAGAAAUUUACUGGGAAUAUAAUGCAAGUUCCCCCCCUCUAUUCUGCAUUAAAGAAAGAUGGACAGAGACUUUCGACUUUGAUGAAGAGAGGUGAAGUUGUAGAAGCAAAACCUGCCAGGCCAGUGACUGUGUACAGUAUCUCCCUUCAAAAAUUCCAGCCACCAUUUUUCACAUUAGAUGUUGAAUGUGGAGGAGGUUUUUAUAUCAGAAGCUUGGUCAGUGACAUUGGAAAAGAACUGUCUUCCUGUGCCAAUGUGCUAGAGCUGACCCGAACCAAACAGGGACCAUUUACGCUAGAAGAACAUGCCCUUCCUGAAGACAAAUGGACAAUUGAUGACAUUGCACAGUCUCUUGAGCAUUGCUCAUCUCUUUUCCCAGCAGAGCUGGCACUUAAAAAAUCAAAACCUGAGAAGUCUAAUGAACAGGUUUUGAGCUGUGAAUAUAUAACUCUAAAUGAGCCAAAGGGAGAAGAUGAUGUAAUUAAGACGUGUUGAGAUUGACCUGGGAAUAUCAUCAUUUUCUAGUUAACAUUUGAAUCCUGUGUGCAGAUGCAGAAUGACAAGCUACAUUCAAAAGACAAACAAUAUUUCUAACUUUUCUUUUUUUGCAUGAAGAAAAACGUCCAUCAUUUACAGUUUCAAUAGCAUAUAAUUUAUUUGCUAUGCAUUAUAAAUGGCCUUGCAGUUGCUCAGUUGUUUGCUGUGUUGUGGAAUGUGC